AUGUGCCCGCCGGUCAGCGUGCGGCCCGGCAGGGAGGGCGUGGCGCACCUGCACGCGUCCUGGCUGUACCAGCUGCAGCACGGCGACCAGCUGCGCAUCUGCUUCACGUGCUUCAAGUUCGUCUACCUGAGCUUCAAGGAGUCGCUGGAGGCCGAGGACUGGGACGAGGAGGACUGGGACGUGGGCCCCAUGGAGGCGCCCGGCUGGGGGCCGGGCCUGGGUCAGCCGGCGGCGGCGGCGGCGGACUGGGCGGUGGCCACCCCCGCGCUGUCCCCUGACGAGUCCGCGGAGGCCGGCGUGGACCAGUACUUGGUGCCCACGGAGCUCGCCCCUCAGGAUGCCGCGCCCCUGGGCCUGGGUCCCGAGGACGCCGACUGGACCCAGGGCCUCCCCUGGAGGUUCGGGGGGAUUCCCGCCUGCUGCCACUGGCCCAGCCCCUACGUCCUGUGGCAGGCGUUUCUCAAAGAGGUCCUGCCGCCGGGGGAGCCCAUGCUGCUGGAGCUGGGGACCACCCGGGCGGUGGACCCGGUCGAGGCCGAGGCCUGGCUUCUGGGCCUGCAGGUCAUGUCCAUGGUGGGUGACGCGGAGGCCGUCUACCUCCGGAACAUGACAGCGCGCUGGGCCCGGAGGGCCCCCGGCGAGGGCUGGAACGUGCUGCUGGAGCCUGACGACGUGUGUGUGGUGAGACUCCAAAACGCGCCCCAGGGGCAGGACCUGAACCAGUGGAGGCUGAGCAUUCUGGAAACCUCCACAACAGGGUACGGGGUGGAGCUGGUCCCCGCGGACACAGCCCUGCUGAGGAAGGGGUUCAGCAUCCUCUCUUACUCUCCUUGGAACAAAAAGGAGGCAGAGAAGAGCGACGCGGCAUCCGGGCCAGAGUCCUCCACCGAAGCGCAAGAUGCCAGCAUCCCUGGGGCCUGCAGCGCCGGACCCAGGGAGACCCGGGGGAGCCCGGGCCCUGCACCCAAGGCCCAGGACUGCGACUGA